AUGGCCCCUCCGACCGCCAUCUCCCCCGUCCGUGACUUCGCCGUCACCUACUCCACCGGCAAAGCGGCCGCCAAGCCCGCCGUCGCCGUCCCGGAGUCGUCCUCCGCGGAGACCAAGGUCCAAGACAUGUUCGGCAAGUGGGACGCCUUCUCCUUCGCGCCGAUCCGCGAGUCGCAGGUCUCGCGCGCCAUGACGCGGCGCUACUUCGCCGACCUCGACGCGCACGCCGAGUCGGACGUGGUCAUCGUCGGCGCCGGCUCCUGCGGCCUCUCCACGGCCUACGUCCUCGCGCGGCAGCGCCCGGACCUCAAGAUCGCCAUCGUCGAGGCCGGCGUCGCCCCCGGCGGCGGCGCCUGGCUCGGCGGCCAGCUCUUCAGCGCCAUGGUCAUGCGCAAGCCCGCCGACGUCUUCCUGCGCGAGGUCGGCGUGCCCUACGAGGACGAGGGGGACUUCGUGGUCGUCAAGCACGCCGCGCUCUUCACGUCCACGGUGCUGAGCAAGGUGCUGCAGUUCCCCAACGUGAAGCUCUUCAACGCGACGGCCGUGGAGGACCUGAUCACGCGCAAGACCGAGGACGGGAGGGUGCGGGUCGCGGGCGUGGUGACGAACUGGACGCUCGUGAGCAUGCACCACGACGACCAGUCGUGCAUGGACCCCAACACGAUCAACGCGCCGCUCGUGAUCUCGACGACGGGCCACGACGGGCCUUUCGGCGCCUUCUCGGUCAAGAGGCUCGUGAGCAUGAAGCAGAUUGAGCAGCUCGGCGGGAUGCGGGGGUUGGAUAUGCAGACUGCCGAGGACGCGAUUGUCAAGGGCACGAGGGAGAUCGUGCCUGGGUUGAUCGUCGGCGGGAUGGAGCUUUCGGAGGUUGACGGGGCGAACAGGAUGGGUCCUACCUUUGGUGCCAUGGCUCUUUCGGGAGUCAAGGCUGCUGAGGAGGCUUUGGCUGUGAUUGAUGCCCGCAAGAAGGAGAACGAGCUCUGA